AUGAAGUGGGGUAUUUUGGGUGCCGGUAACAUUGCCGGAAAGUUUGUUAAGGACUUGUUGCUCGAUGAGCUGGACUAUAACCAUACAAUUGUUGCAAUUGGCAGUUCUCUGGAUGAUAAGGCACGGGAGUUCCUGGAGUCCAAUGGCAUUACUGCUGAGAAGAAUCAUGGCGUGGUUCCUAAAUUUCAGCUGAGACUGGACCUUCUAAAGAAUCCUGACGUUGAUAUCGUCUAUGUGGCAUCGCCUCAUGUUUUCCACGAGGGCCAGGUUCUCGAGGCAUUGAAGAAUAAGAAACACGUUCUUUGUGAAAAACCAUUCACCGUGACUGCUGAACAGUCAAGAAGAGUGUUUGAAGCUGCUUCUGAAGCUGGAGUUUUCGUUAUGGAGGCCGUUUGGACGAGAUUCAUUCCUGCUGUGCUCAAAGCUAAGGAAUGGGUUUUUAAGGAUAAGUUGAUUGGUGAUGUCAAGCGUUUGAUUGGUGAUUUCUCCAUGGAUCUUGAUUUGGACAAUUUGCCUGUUUCUUCUCGUGGUAGAGACAUUCAAUUGGCUGCUGGUGCUACUUUAGACGUUGGUAUCUACCCAUUGACCUAUUCACGUAUUCUCUUGGAUGAUAAGUUGGGUAAGGAAGCUACCCCAUUUGACGUGAAAUCUUUCCUUACCUUGGACGAUACCGAUAAAGUUGACCAUCUCAGUUCUAUUCUCAUCAAGUACGAGAAUGGCAAACAAGGAAUUGCAACGAGUUCCAAUUACACAGCCGGUCCUGAGCAGUUUUUGAGAUUGGAAGGUACCAAGGGCUCCUUGGAGAUGUACGGCAAUCCAGCUGCUCCUAAGCAUGUCAAGGCCUUCAGCCAGGAUGGUAAACUCAUCAAGGAACAUCUUGAUAAGGACUCUUUUGCCGGUUUCAUCCAUGAAGCUAAUGCCGCUGCCGAUGCUAUCAAAGCAGGUAAGACCCAGUCAGACUCAAUUCCUUGGGAAGAAACUUUGCUCAUGAUGGAUCUCAUGGAUAAGGUCAGAUGGGAGAAUAACUUCUACUACCCUGGCGAAAAGGCAUGA